CUUCCAACUCCGCCACGAUGUCCGGUCGCAAGGACUUUCUCUCGCAGCAGGCGCCUGAGAAUUAUGUUGCCGGUCUCGGACGUGGCGCGACAGGCUUCACGACACGAUCGGAUCUCGGACCUGCCAGAGAAGGUCCCAGCGAAGAGCAGAUCAAGGAAGCGCUCGCGAAACGAGCAGCUGCUCUAGGAAAUGCCCCACCCACAGCAUACGGAGUCAAGAAGAAGGACGGCGAUGACGCGGAGGUUGAAGAGCAGUUCCGCGACGCCGAAAACGAGGAAGGCCUAUUCGCAACAGGAAACUACGAUCGAGACGAUGAUGAGGCGGAUCGCAUAUACCAGGAUGUGGACGAGCGGAUGAGCAAGCGAAGGAAGAUCUCAAGAGAAGAGCGAGAGCGGCAAGAAAGGGAGGAGUUUGAGAGGAAGAAUCCGAAGAUUCAACAGCAGUUUGCGGAUUUGAAAAGAGCUUUGGGCACAAUUACCGAUGAGGACUGGGCAAGCAUACCAGAAGUGGGUGAUCUGACGGGAAAGAAUCGAAGGAAUAAGCAGAACAUGCGUCAGAGGUUCUAUGCAGUACCGGACAGCGUUUUGGCAGGUGCAAGAGACAGUACGCAGCUCGGGACAGAGAUUCAGGACGAUGGCAUGGCGACUGAUGCGCCUGGCGGUUCAAACGAGCAGCAGGCGGACGGAACCAUGACCAACUUCGCGGCAGUCGGCGCUGCGAGAGACAAAGUGUUGAAGGUGCGAUUGGAUCAGGCUGCUCAGUCGCAGGGCGGCACGGAGACCAGCGGUACAAGCACGGCCAUCGAUCCCAAAGGCUACCUCACAAGUCUGACCAAGUCUGAGCAGAAGGCUGGCGAGAUCCAAGUGGGAGACAUCAAGCGUGCGCGAGUGCUGUUGGAAUCUGUGAUCAAGACGAAUCCUCGCCAUGGACCAGGUUGGAUUGCCGCGGCACGGCUGGAAGAAUAUGCUGGAAAGAUUGUGGCUGCUAGAAAUGUUAUCCGGCGAGGCUGCGAAAUGUGCCCGAAGAGCGAAGACGUUUGGCUGGAAAGCAUGCGAUUGAACGACAACUCGAAUGCGAAGAUCAUUGCCGCAAAGGCGAUUGAGCACAACAACCGUUCCGUGAAUUUGUGGAUUGAGGCAUCAAAGCUGGAGACCAUUCCCACAUCCAAGAAGCGUGUACUACGGAAAGCUUUGGAUCACAUCCCACAGUCCGUCGCGAUUUGGAGAGAAGCUGUGAACUUAGAGGACGAUCCAUCCGAUGCGAAGCUUCUACUUGCAAAAGCGACUGAAAUCAUUCCUCUAUCGGUAGAGCUAUGGCUGGCCUUGGCACGACUGGAGACACCCGAACAAGCUCAAGUUGUACUCAAUAAAGCUCGUAAAGCUAUUCCCUCGAGCUUCGAAAUCUGGGUGGCUGCUGCACGUCUCCAAGAGCAGACUGGCAACGAAGCGAUGGUGUUCAAGGUCAUGAAUCGUGCUGUGAAAGCUCUUGCGCGCGAAUCAGCUAUGUUGAAGCGCGAAGAGUGGAUCGCGCAGGCUGAGCUGUGUGAGGAUGAAGGUGCGCUCGUCACCUGCCGGGCUAUCAUCCAGGAGACCAUCGGGUGGGGACUUGACAAAGAUGACGACCGCAAGAAGCUGUGGUUAGACGAUGCCAAGUCCUCUGUCAACCGUGGACAGUACGAGACGGCGAGGGCCAUCUACGCCGUUGCGAUGAAGGAGUUUUACCACAGAAAGAGUGUUUGGCUUUCGGCCGCAGACUUGGAGAGGAGCCAUGGAAGUAAAGAGAAUCUAUGGAAGAUUCUCGAGAGUGCAGUCAAUUCGAUUCCCAAUUCCAGCGAAUUGUGGAUGCAGUUCGCGAGAGAAAAGUGGUUGGCUGGAGACGUGGAGGGCGCUCGACGUGUGCUCGGAGAAGCCUUCUCGAAGAACCCCGACAACGAAGACAUCUACCUUGCCGCCGUCAAGCUGGAAGCUGACAAUGGCCAGUCAGAUCAGGCACGACGCCUGCUGGCACAGGCCCGCGAAGAAGCUCGCACAGAUCGAGUCUUUAUUCGCAGUGUGGCUUUCGAGCGCCAGAUCAACGACAAAGAUCGUGCGUUGGAGCUUGCAAAUGAAGGUCUGGGCAUAUUCCCCAAGGCUGAUAAGCUGUGGAUGAUGAAGGGCCAGAUCUACGAGUCGAAGAACAUGCUUCCCCAAGCUCGCGAGGCAUACAGCGCUGGUACACGCAAUUGUCCUAAGAGCGUGCCUCUGUGGCUCCUUGCCAGCCGUCUGGAGGAGAAGAUGGGCGUGACCGUCAAGGCCCGCUCAAUUCUCGAUCGAGCCCGCCUGGCCGUUCCAAAGAACCCUCAGCUCUGGACCGAGACCAUUCGCCUCGAACUUCGCGCCAAGAACGUCCCCGCCGCCAACCAAAAACUCGCCCAAGCGCUCCAAGAAUGUCCGAAAUCUGGUCUCAUAUGGAGCGAACGUAUUUGGAAUCUGGAAGCCCGCACGCAGCGCAAACCUCGCAUUCUCGAAGCAAUUCAGAAAGCAGAAAACGACCCCAUCCUCUUCAUCACCGCUGCGCGCAUCUUCUGGAGCGAGCGCAAACUCGACAAAGCGGACAGUUGGUUCCAAAAAGCUGUGCUGCUGGAUCCGGACUACGGCGAUACGUGGGCUUGGUGGUACAAGUUCUUGCUGCAGCACGGGACGGAUGAGAAGAGGGCGGAGGUGGUGGAAAAGUGUGUGCAGAAUGAGCCGAAGCAUGGAGAGUACUGGCAGGGUGUGAGGAAGGCGCCUGAGAAUGCCGGGAAGGGGAUUGAGGAAGUGUUGAAGAUUGUGGCUAGAGGCUUGGAGUGA